GCCUUAUCUGGCAUAAACGAAACAAAAAAAUUUAACAAAAAUACGCCGGAUAUCGUCCAAUAAGCGUGGGAUAGAAGACUGACUCUAGUGGACGUGCCCCUACCAAUAUGACAUAAAUCCCGCGCCCUUAGCCGUCGACCUUCCGCUACUCCACCGCCCGGUUUUGCACUCCCUUAUCUUUCAUCUUUCCGGCAAUAUAUAAACACCGCACACUAACCUCGCUAGAAUGUCCUCCCUCGCCCCAUUAGACGCCUCCAAGGUGCAAAUCACCAAGACCACCACUCCUAAGGCCAAGCUUCCUAAGGAAGAGCUUGUUUUCGGUCAGUCUUUCACCGACCACAUGUUGACUAUCGAGUGGACCGCCGAAAAGGGCUGGGACACUCCCCAAAUCAAACCAUACGGCACCCUCAACCUCGACCCAUCUUCCUGUGUGUUCCACUACGCGUUUGAAUUAUUCGAGGGGAUGAAGGCUUACCGCGACGCCAACGGCGGUAUCAGACUUUUCAGACCGGACAUGAACAUAGCCAGAAUGAACGCCUCUGCCGAGCGUAUCUGUCUCCCAGAAUUUGACUCCGAGGAGCUCAUCAAGCUCCUUGCUGAGUUUGUCAAAACCGAUUCUUCCUUCAUUCCUGCCGGUGACGGUUACUCCCUCUACCUCCGUCCUACCAUGAUUGGUACUGAUGCCGGUUUGGGUGUUUCCUCCCCAGGCAAGGCCCUUUUGUUCGUUAUUGCCUCCCCAGUUGGCCCAUACUACUCCACCGGCUUCAAGGCCGUCAGAUUAGAGGCCACCUCUUACGCCACCAGAGCCUGGCCAGGUGGCUGUGGUAACCGUAAGUUGGGUGCCAACUAUGCGCCAUGCAUCAAGCCACAGAGACAGGCUGCAUCGAGAGGCUACCAACAGAACUUGUGGUUGUUCGGCGAAGAAGACUACAUUACCGAAGUCGGAACCAUGAACUUGUUUUUCGUCUUCAACAAGGACGGCAAGAAGGAGUUGGUCACCGCACCAUUGGACGGAACCAUUUUGGAGGGUGUCACCCGUGACUCCAUCCUUGCGCUCGCUAGAAGCCGCUUGCCAACCGACGAGUGGACCAUCAGCGAACGUAAGUUAACCAUGACUGAGGUUGCCGAGAGAUACCACAAAGGCGAGUUGGUCGAGGCCUUCGGUUCCGGUACCGCUGCUGUUGUCUCCCCAAUCAAGGAGAUUUUAUACAAGGGCGAGGACAUCAUGGUCCCAUGCGUCAACGGCGAGAGUGGUAAUUUGACCGAUCAGGUCUGGAAGUGGUUGGGUGAUAUCCAAUACGGUAGAGAGGAGCACGAAUGGAGUUUCAAGAUCUAAGUCAUAAAUUGGCCUUACUAUUUCCAUUACAUGAUUUUAUUUAGAAUUAAUGUAGGAGUGAGUUCUAUCUUCCUAAACCUUUCAUGGAGAGCUACGAUAAAGGUAAUGUGCUUCUGGUUCUUGAUACAUGGAUCCGUUUCAAUGACGGGUAAUACCAGGCGGGUGGCGUGGAGGGUGUUUUUACAAAUGGCUGGUCAGAACUCAAAAUUAUCGUUGAAAGGAAUCUG